AAUGUUCCAAGCAUCUCCUUCUAUAUACAGAUUCUAAAAACAUUCUUAAGAUAAGAUUAAUUCAUCAGGAUCAUGCUGAACAAUUUACGGAAAUAUGUUUUCCCAGUUGCCUAUACCUACAGCAUACAAACCCGACUUAAAUCCUUUACUUUUAAAAUCUAUUUUUACACUUACGGAACUUUUAAAAGUAGUACAAUAUUUCGAGUUAUAAUUAGCAUUAGUAAGUAAAGUGAUCCGGUGAAAAAAGGCUUUAUUUCGGUUUAGCCGAAGCAAAAAUGGCUGGAAUAACUUAUAAAAUACAAAAAAAUGAAUUAUUGGGGCGGUAUAUGGUUGCAAAUAAAGAUCUAAAACAAGGAGAACUUAUACUGAAAGAAUCUCCUGCUAUAUUAGGACCUCAUUUAAAUGGACCUGCAAGAUGUUUUAGAUGCUUACAAGUUAUAAACUUGAUGAUGUGCUCCUUUUGCGACGAAUGUAAUACAGCUCUACUGUGUGUUAAUCAUUGUAAAGGUAAAUAUCAUCCCGAAGAAGAAUGCCUAACUUUAAAAACGCAAAAAAUCAAAGGCCAAUUACUGGCGGAGAAUCCGGCAGCAAUUCUCCCCUUAAAAUGUCUUUUAUUGGGGAUUUAUAAUCCAGAUCUAUUUUCUGAUAUCAUGGACAUGGAGGCGCAUAUGGAGAAAAGGAGGGAUACAGCUAUUUGGAGAAGGCACAGGAUUUCUGUUGAAGAUGUUCUCAAAGAUACGAACUUGUUAAGUGAUAAAGAUAUUAAAGAGGAACUUGUGCAAAAGGUUUGCGGGAUUUUGGAUGUGAAUACUUUUGAGUUAAGGCUACCCCGUGGUGGCCCUGAACUUCUUGGUCAGGUAAGACCUCCACCUAGUGAACAAUUUAGCUACACCCCAAAUCCAGUGCAAAGUCGCCUAAGAGCCCUCUAUCCAUUAGCAGCCCUCAUGGCACACGAUUGUACCCAAAACACUCAUGUGUCUGUAGAUGAUAAUUUCGUAAUGAGUAUUUAUGCUAGUGUAGAUAUUGGAGAGGGUGAACCUAUACUAAACAACUACGCCAAUGUAUUAGAUGGUAACCAGGAGAGACAUCAGCACUUAUUAGAAGGCAAAUACUUUAUAUGUAAGUGCAAAAGGUGCAUAGAUCCUUCGGAGUUUGGUACUGAAAUUAGCUCUCUGGUUUGCCAUAAAUGCAGGAAAGGAUUUUUAAGAUAUACAGAAAUUGAAGACGGUUUCAAAAUAUGGAAGUGCAGCGAUUGCAACUUAUGUUUUAAAGACUUUUUGAUAAAUUUAGCUAUUGAAGAGGGAAGAAACAGGAUAAAUGAUAUGGAUCUAACAGACAUUCGUGGACUGGAAGACUUAUAUAGACGUUUGUUAUUAACCUUCCAUCCAAAUCAUUUUCUUUUGUUAGAACUAAAGCAAAUUAUGGUUGGCUUGUAUUCAAAAUUGCCUCCAACCAAGAAUAAUUUAAACAGAAAAAUCGAUUUAUGUGGUAGAUUAAUGUCUGUAUUUGGACGAAUAGAACCAGGAAUCUCUAGAAUUAAAGCACUUACAAUGUACGAGUUGCAUACAGCCUUAGUAGACAUAGCCAAUAAACGAUAUAGAGACAAUGAACUAAAUGACCAUGAACUACUCAAAGAACUUGAAACGGCUGAAAGGAUCCUUAAGGAAUCUAUUAAAUUUUUAUUGUAUGAACCUCCCAAAAGUCCGGAAGGAAGACUUGCCCAAGAUGCAAUGGGCGAACUGAAAAUGCUUAGGAACUCUAUAAAGAAUAUUCAACAAAAUGUUUUAAUCGAUGCUGAGCGGAAAGCAGUUGGUGAUAAAAAAGCUGAAAUUACUAAAAGACUAAAGGAUAAAUUGGAAAAGGGUAAAGUAGAGAAGAACAAUAGUGCCCUGAUUAAAGAACAACCUGAGAAAAUUAUUCCAACCAUAGAUGGUCAAGAGAAGCACCAACCUAAGAAGAAGAAAAAUAAGAACAAAAAUAAACAGAAAUAAUUUUGGUAUUAAACGUUAUUGCUAAAAUUGCAAA